ACACGGGAGAAAAGCCUUACGAAUGUAAACGGUGUGGCAAGUGUUUUAGCGAAGCAGGACACCUAAGGAGGCAUGAAAGAGUUCACACUGGGGAAAAGCCUUACAAAUGUAAACAGUGUGGCAAGUGUUUUAGCGAAGCAGGAAGCCUAAGGAGCCAUAAAAGAGUUCACACUGGGGAAAAGCCUUACGAAUGUAAACAGUGUGGCAAGUGUUUUAGCCAAUCAGAAGACCUAAGGAGACAUGAAAGAGUUCACACUGGGCAAAAGCCUUAUGAAUGUAAACAGUGCGGCAAGUGUUUUAGCCGAUCAGGAGUCCUAAGGAGUCAUGAAAGAGUUCACACUGGGGAAAAGCCUUAUGAAUGUAAACGGUGUGGCAAGUGUUUUAGCGAAGCAGCAACCCUAAGGAGCCAUGAAAGAGUUCACACUGGGGAAAAGCCUUAUGAAUGUAAACAGUGCGGCAAGUGUUUUAGCCGAUCGGGAAUCCUAAAGAGUCAUGAAAGAGUUCACACUGGGGAAAAGCCUUAUGAAUGUAAACAGUGUGGCAAGUGUUUUAGUGAAGCAGGACACCUAACGACGCAUGAAAGAGUUCACACUGGGGAAAAGCCUUACGAAUGUAAGCAGUGUGGCAAGUGUUUUAGCCAAGUAGGAAGCCUGAGGAGUCAUGAAAGAAUUCACACUGGGGAAAAGCCUUACGAAUGUAAGCAGUGUGGCAAGUGUUUUAGCCAAGUAGGAAGCCUGAGGAGUCAUGAAAGAAUUCACACCGGGGAAAAGCUGUGUUUUAGCCGAUCACAGAGCCUUAAAAGUCACGAGAAAGUCCACAGUUCGCAUUCACAUAGAGAAACUGGAAAUAGUGCUAUGGAAAAUCUGCAACCAGACGUUAUUGAGAAACACAGCUGUUGGGUUUGCCAAGAGGAGAUGAAUAGUGAAGCUCUUCUUCUUCAACAUUAUGAAAAUCAUAUGAUAAAUAUACCGGAAGAUGGUUCGUAAAGAACGCUUUGGGCUUUAGGUUUAGUUAAGUGUUAUUUUUUUCUGUGAAGGUUUCUAUUUUGAAUGCAAGCAUAUUCUCCUUUUUAACUGUGGUUAGUUGGCUUUGUUUAAAAGUUUCUUUUGGGUUUCCAUAAGGCAACUUUAUUUAAGAAGUAAACUUUGUGUUUUUUGAAGAUGGACAGAACAAUUCUUAGGUAAUCCAAAAGAAGAAAUUAAUGUUACUAGUACAGGCUAUAUGUUGUUGAAGAUGGCUCUCAAAGUUAAGGAACAGUUGGUCUUCAGGUUUUGUAAGCUUCGUUCUUCUUCCAGUGUUUUGGGGUGUUCCUUUGUAACAGUAUCAUCUCGAUUGGUCACCUUUGAUUAAUAUUGGUUGAGUGGUAAGUUCAAAUUAUGUUUUUAGUGUUUAUUUUAUAUUGAUUAGUAGACAUUGCUUGUUUUGAAAAUGGACGGAUUACUUUUUUGGUGAUCGUUUUCUGUUGUAUCACUCCACCAGUGAAAAUCGAGAAAUUAAACUCUACAGGUCUCUCCUCUGCAGAGGUUCCCGUUGUGUGUUUCAAUGAAAACAACAACAACAACAAUGCAUUCUAUCCAAGAUUCAUAAAGCUUUUAUGCCUUGCAAAUAGUUAUAGCGCUAAUCUAGGCAGGAUAGAAAUUAUAAAUAAAGGCGUUAUUAAACUACAUAUAAAGAAAAAAGGGAAAGAAAAGAAAUGAAACAAUACACAGAAAGAAAAACCCCUCACAUAAACUGAAGCAGAGGGGUUUUGUUAUGAGAAAAAAAAGACUAAAAUUAGAAUUGAGGUAUACACAACGUAUCAGGUGAACUUCUUAAAAUAUUCUAUUACAUAAGUAACCUUUAAAUAAUUAUCUUCAUUACCUAGGGUAUUAAGGAGUAGUGAUUUAAUUUUUUACGAAGAUUAGAUCAGUUGAGAGUUUUAACCGAAUGUGGAAUGGAAUUCCAAAUAGACACCCUAAUUCUAGUGAAAGAUUUUUUCAUUUUUUCGGUUCUAGAGAAAUUAACAGACAAACAUUCCUUUGCGGAUAAUCGUGUAUUAUAAUGAUAUUUUGUACUGAUUUUUGCAAACUUAUUGAGAAGACUCUUUGCAGCUGUCGUAGUAUGGACGUCAUACAUUAAAUAGCUUGAUUAUUGAAAGAACAAAGACUGUAAAGGAAGGCGGUUUGAUUCAAUAAAAAAAGGAAUUGCAUGGUCUCUGAGUUUAGCAAAAUACAUCAAACGCAAUGCACGUUUUUGCAGAACAAGUAAAUAGUUAACGAACAAGUAAAUAGUUAACAAUUAAUGAAUGAGGCUGAGUAUCUUUAUAUGAAGAAUUAUGGAGAUCGAGGAGGGUGUUAUACGUCGAGACCGUAGGCCGAGGUGGAUAACACCCUCCGAGAUCUCCAUAAUUCUUCAUAUGAUACGAAAGCCGAAUUCAAUAAUUGGUGUAUUAUUCAUUCAAAAUAAUUCCUAGUUUAAACACAUGGCUAAAACAUGCUUACCUCCAUCGAUCCAGCAAUGUUACGUUCAUCUUCGAUAGUGCACGUUUAGGGUUGUUCAGCUCCGCAAAUAUUCUCCAAAUAGCAGAUGUCGCCCUUCGAGUUGUCCUCUUGCUGUUCUCACUUAUGUCCAGGAUCGUUCUUGUUAGCAAAACUUUGCUAGCAAAUUGUUUUCGCAAUUUUAGCAAAAAAGAUUUAAAGAAGACUGCUAUUAGAAAAGUAUAGAAGAAAUAGCAAAUGUCGCAAAAAUCGUAAAAGAAAGAAGAAUUUUUCUUGCUAUGUGAAAAGAUUGAAUAACAAAUAUGGCAAAAAUUGGGGAAAUAACAAAUUUUUCAAAAUUCUACUUUUGCAACGAGAAAAGGCCAAGAAGGGCUUCGCGCAGUCCGCAAAUUUCGCAAAAACACAAAAGUAACGAGAAUUUUUCUUCCUAAGUGAAAUGAUUGGCAAAUAUAGCAAGACCAACAAAUUGCACAAAAUUCUACUCUUGGAAAGAGAAAAGGUCAAGAACGGCGCGCAGCGGAAGUCCGCAAAUUUCGAAAAAAUCGAACAAGAAUUUUUCGAGGUGUUUCAUCUGGUGAAAGUAGCAAAAUGAUAAAUUUGUGUCGAAUGUUUGAUAUUUCUUCUCAAACAAAAUCAUUGUUGAAGGAGAAAUUAAGGAUGCAAAUACUGAGCAGUUUUUCAUCCGAUUUCCAAACACUCAUUAAACAUUAAUUUUCUUUGUAUUUUCUUUAUGAAUUAUUAAUGAGUUUGAGAAAUGAUUGGCAAAUAUAGCAAGACCAACAAAUUGCACAAAAUUCUACUCUUGGAAAGAGAAAAGGUCAAGAACGGCGUUAGUAAGUCCGCAAAUUUCGCUAAAAUCGCAAAAGUAACAAGAAUUUUUCAUGCUAUGUGAAAAGAUUGAGCAACAAAUAUGGCAAAAGUAGCAAGAAUAAUAAAUUUCACAAAAUUCUACACAUAGUAAGGGAAAAGAGGAAAGAGAGCCUCAUACAGCUACAAUGCAUCGUAAGGAGUGUCGCUCACAGAAGGGGGCAAAUUUUAAGCAAUAAAGGGGGUGGUAGCAGAACUUUAACAUCAGUUACAAACGCGACACUAUUUAUAAUUACUGACAGUAGCAAAAUACUGUAAUAUCAAUCUGAUUGCGAUAUUUGCGGAUAUUUCGGGGCCCUUCUUGGCUUCUUUUCUUACCAAGUCUGGAAUUUUGUUAGAUUUGUUAUUUUUGCGAUAUUUGUCACGGGUGUUUUUAGCUCCAAGAAAAAUCCUUGUUACUUUUGCGACUUUUGCGAUAUAUUUGCCGACAUUUCGGGGCCCUUCUUGGCUUCUUUGCUUUAUAAGUCUCCCCUGGUCUGGAAUUUUGUUACAUUUGUUAUUUUUGCGAUAUUUGCGAUAUUCGUCAUGGGUGUUUUCAGCUAGCAUGAAAAAUCCUUGUUAGUUUUGCGAUUUCUGCGGACAUUUCGGGGCUUUUCUUGGCUUCUUCUCUUUCUAAGUCUUGAUUCUGGUUAGAUUUGUUAUUUUUGCGAUAUUUGUCACCGGUGUUUUUAGCACGCAAGAAAAAUCCUUGUUACCUUUGCGAUAUUUGCGGAUAUUUCGGGGCCCUUCUUGGCUUCUUUUCUUUCUAAGUCUGGAAUUUUGUUAGAUUUGCUAUUUUUGCGAUUUUGGCGAUAUUUGUCACGGUUUUUUUUUAGCUCACAAGAAAAAUCCUAGUUACUUUUGCGAUUUUUGCGAUAUUUGAGGACAUUUCAAGGCCCUUUUUUGUUUCUUCCUUUUCAAAGUCUAGAAUUUUGUUAAAUUUGUUAUUUUUGCAAUUUUUGCAAUUUUUGCGAUAUUUGUCAGGGUGUUUUUAGCUAGCAACAAAAAUCCUUGUUACUUUUGCGAUUUUUGCGGAUAUUUCGGGCCCCUUUUUGGCUUCUUUGCAAAGUCUGGAAUUUUGUUACAUUUUUGUUACAUUUACAUUUUUGCGAUAUUUGCGAUACUCGUCAUGGGUGUUUUUAGCUAGCAUGAAAAAUCCUUGUCACUUUUGCGAUUUUUGCAAUAUUUGCGGACAUUUCGGGGCUUUUCUUGGCUUCUUCUCUUUCUAAGUCUUGAUUCUUGUUAGAUUUGUUAUUUUUUGCGAUAUUUGUAAGUGAUUUUCUGACAUAAUUUUUUCUCAAUUAUUUCUUUUUCGACAAUUGCGAAAAAAAUUUGCUAGCAAAUGUUUGCUAACAAGAUCGAUCCUGGACAUAUCUCGCUGUUCUUGCCAUGUUUUUAGCCUAGUUCUUACUCUUGAAACGAGUGAAAUAUCCGCCAUUUUUCAAGAUCACAACCAAAACAACUCAACCUCGUCCCCAGGUCUUCUCGGUGAACGAUGCUUUAACCUGCAAGAACGCUUCAUUUUUUACCUCAUUUCCUCGCCAAACACAAAAUUCUUCCAAAUUUGGUCAUCAGUAACUGGUUAUGGUGAAUUAAACGUGUGCUUUUAGCCAAUCACAAUCGGGAAAAUGUUUUGAAUGAAUAAUAAGUUAGAUCAUUUUCCAAAGUAAUACUGACAGCUUGGACAUUUUUUACGAGUUAAUCAGACUUAGGGUGGCUCGACUGGAUUUUUUAGAGGGGGAUACCUCCCAAGUUUGAGCAUUAACUACGUCGACAUGAGUAAAGGUACGGGGAAAAGGUUACCACAACAACUGUAUUAUAUAAAAAUGAAAAUUUCCUAUGAUCUGGGUUUUAUUACAAUCGCAGUCGCCAUGGCAAUGUAAUGACACCAUUACGUUUUUUAUUUAUCUUUGUGUUUCUCUGUAUCAGGAGUUUUUUGAAGAAAUCGCUCUAGGGAUUAUGUACCUGCCAUAAUUGCCCCAAUUAUGGUAAAGUUUGAACAAAUUCUAUGGGAGCGUUUUGGAAAUAUCUUAAAACGAAGUUUCAAGGAUCAUAAAAACAGUGAAAUAGCAUGCCAUCUACACAAUUAGCUAACAAUAUAAGAAAAUGAUAAGCUUUGGAAAAGCGGCUUCAUCUCCUAGUAGUUUGAUUCCAUUGAAAACUGCAUACAAAAAAGGUUAGUUAUUUGUUUUGUGCUGUUAUCUGUUCUUCUCUAGUUAUUUGUUCUUCUGUAAAUUGUGAAUGGCGCGUUUUUGAAAGAUGUUGACGGAUUGCCAUGGAAGAGCCAAUCAGAGUUUUGCGUCGUGAGAGCAACGCAUAAGGUCAAAAUCUUUGCUCUGUCUGUAGUCCCUCAUUUUUCUCUCUCACCGCUGCUUCUCGCCUUUCUCGCGUGGGGUGAUUUUCACGCGCACUCGCGUUUCGCUCGCUCUACUAUCCCUGAGGGAAAAUGGGGACUUCUCGUUGUCUAAUUACUGGUGAGUUAGUAUGAUCCUGGUAAGGGUACUCUUGGGUACAAUUUUUUGGUAAUGUUGAGAAUGUGAUGUAGUGACGGGUGCUCUCUGCCGUUUCGGACAAUGUUUGCACGUUAUACGUGCCUAAGUUUUUUCCUAUUGUCCGAGCCAGUCUCAGUACUAUUUCAUGGGUAGGUACUUCAUGUACGGGACAGUGAUACAAACAAACGGUCAUGAUCACUUUCUCAGAGUUCUUGUGUGUUGAUCAAUGAACAGCGCUGAAACUUUAUUAACAAAGGUAAGAUAAACUUUUCAGUAUAUGAUAUAUACAUCUUAGACUGACUUUUAAGUCAUGACAGAAAAAAAGUGACAGGAUUGAGCAGCAGAAAAAACGAGCUUCUCUAAGCUCAUCUAAGUGACAGCAGAAACCUUCCCUCGAGAUCUGGAGGGAUUUGUGCUUCUUUUCUAUUGCAGUUGUGCGUUUCAGUAGACGGAGAUUAGAUUCGAGGGUACACUGCAUUUUAAGAGAUGUUAUAAACUAACGAAUUCCUUAUUUAUUGGUCCGAGUUUUGAUUCAAUGGUUUUUGGCACUGAUCUUAAUUCAGCUCCAACUGUUUAUACGUAACUCAAUCUUUGAUGAUUUACAAGUUAUUCCCGUGUAAAAUAAAAGAUUCAAGUGAAUGGACCUUAUCAGACUUAUCAAGUCCUUCAAAUUGACUUGUGUUGAAAUAUUUUUGUAUUAAAAUUGACUAUGUGACUUGUCGGUUAUAUUACUGGUUUGGAAAUGUUAUAAUGUUAGUUACAAAGCUGUAACUUUAGGUAACCGUCAAAGUGAGUUACAAGCAAUAUAUGAAGACUAAGUUUCCCUCUCAAUUCACAGAAAAAUUUGUUUGCUAUUUUUUACUUGAAAAAAAAAAGAAAUUUAAAUGCACCAACUGCAAUUUUUGUUGCAUAAACAACACUUCAGCUUAACUGGGCUUUGUCAUGAUUUGCUGUUUCAUGCUGUUUCUGUAUUCAAGUCAUCACUUAGUGCUUUCAGCCCAAUAUUGUGCCCUAAGGGGGUGUUUACAUGAUACUGGGGUGACAUUUGUGCUGGCAUGAGUUCACUCCAGUUCUCCCUAAUGGCUCUUAAUUUGUUUACAUGAUACCACAGCGUGAGUUCACCGAGGUUGUUGUACCGGAGAGAGAAUUUCUCUCGAAAAGUACAUGUAUGCGAGAAUGAGAUAGUUCCUUAUGAAAAUGUAAUUUUCAAACAUUUCAUUUCAUUAUGCUAUAAAUUAAUACUCAGCAGUAUAAAAUUAGGCAUCUUUUGACUCUGUGUAAAGCAAAAUAUAGAUAAUAUUCAGCCCAGUCGAAAACAAUUACUAAAAAUUCUGUAUGUAUUUGAGAUACUAAGAAAAGAGAACUGGUAAACAUGUAUAAGGAAUAUUUUUAACACAUUCCUUUCAUCAAUCAAAAGGUUUCAUUUAUUUUGCGAAAUGUAAUUACACCAAAAGUCAUAGGUCGCAGACCAAGGACCACUACGCAAAAUUUAGUGAUAUUUUUCAAGAGUCGAUAAAACACAAAAUUAAAAGUCUGAAGCAAAUUUGCUUCCAAAGACAGAAAAAGUUUUAUAUGAAAACCUGUCCUGCCAGAAGGCACGUCUUCCCCGCCAUUGCAUUUUAUUUAUUCAUUACCAUGUCCACGCAAUUUAUGGUGCCGGAAAAGUACAAACUUCAAGAAAGACAAAUUAACUUACCUGUCAACAAAUUAAACUUGAAUUUCACACCUUCACCAACAGCAGGAAAGCCGAAACUUUGCCAUAUGAAAGAAGACUAAUCAUAAAUCAUCGGACACAUUCAUGUUUUUUCAGUAUUUGUUUUCUAGACAAAAUAUUUUAUCAUGUUCGGAACAGUCGUGGACCAAGGACCACAUACUGUAGUGCAUGCGUCAUGUUUGCAAUUUGAAUCGCACAUGUGUUUUAUCAAUGUGGAGUGUAUCUUCAAACAACUGAGAUAUACAAAGACCCAUCAUCAUGUAAACACGAUACGGAAUCAAAAAGUCAUCACGUUUUUCCAAGCAAGUCAAGUUACUGUAGUAUUUUGUAAGUGCUCACUGAUUUUACUGCUCUGCUGAUUGCUGAACUUGGUAAUUUAAGGUUUAGCAUGUAGAAAACCUGUAUGUUGUCUAAUGAAACCCAUUAAGUUUUUGUACCAUACUGAUUCAGAGAAAUGUGGACAAUGUAGCCCAAUUUUUCAGGUUUUUAAUGGAAGGGGAAAAGAAAAUAUGGCAGACUUAUGUAAUUUUCAUUAAGAUGUUUGGGUCAAGCAGAGGAAAACUCUGCUUUUUACUAGUUAGUUAGAUUGAAAGUAAACUUUUAAAACAUCAAUCAAUCAAUUUUGGCUAGAAAUAAUUGACUGAGAUUUCUCAGGUUCCAGUGAAAACUUUCCAUUAAACAUUGAAACUGCUGCUGUCCAAAACUAUAAAUGUUUUAAAAUAAGUCAUCUUUAAUUUUCUUUCCUAUAUUAUCAAACAAACGUUUAGGAAAUUUAGCUUUUUCUGCAUUUGGUCAAAGUGUAACCAGCUCUUCUUUCUGUUCGUUUUUGCUUGUCAUUACACGAAAAGUUGGGACAGCCCUGUUUCUAAAACAACAAGAAAUACAAUCAUCUUUUCUUUUAUAUAUAUAUAUAUAUAUAUAUAUAUUUUUUUUUAAGCACAGGGAAAAGACAGCCAUAAAUUAUGUUUUGGCCAGGCAGGCACAGCAGCAAAAAACCAUAAAAAUAUUAAAUUUGCAUACUGGUAAGCGGUAUACAGCAACUUCCGUCUUAUACAAAAAUAAAUUGCCCCGCCACUUGUUUAAAGGGUGGUAGUGAUAAAUCACCAUCCAAAAUACUUGUCCACUGGUUAGUGAUUUGUCCAGUGCAUGGUGCUUUCCAUUGUUUUAGCAACCCGAGCCUGUCCAACAUGUUAACUUUUUAGGCCUGUUUAACUGCACACUGUAGUACAAAUGAGAGUGCUUAGCUAUGCGACUCCUGCAAGUAUGUGGUAGGUACAGCCUGCCUGAAUGGCAAGCAGUCAAACUCACUUUCUUUGCAUCCUGGCUAUAGACUUUCAAGAAAGUCCUUUGUCAGAAGUCAUAUGGCGUAAGACCUCUCGCGACUUUGUGGCUCAUGGUUGGCUGCUUUGGGGCCUAAAAAGGCUCGCUCCACUCGCCAAGAGGUCGACUUGUAGCAAGUCUACCCUGGCUAUUACAGAGGGUUAAAUGAUGAUAGGCAGACAUACAGUAACAGGAAAUCACACGCUGAAAUAAGUGGCACCACUUUACUACUAUUGUAGUACUGUCUUAGUUGGGUAUGAUCCUGGGAGGAAGUAUUUGCCCUCCUCUUUUUUCACAACUUUGGUUUAUUUGGCUCUUAAAAGAAAAAUGCUAAUUUGUGGGGGGAACCCUGGGGUGACAGCCUGGCAUCAAUUGAUGCUGCUGCAUUGCAUUGUACAAGCAAAUAUACUUAACAAAUGUAUAUGAAAUAAAUCGUAAUUUGUAUGAGAACCGCAGAAAUGAAAUCAAAUGAAGAAUGUGGUAGCGAACGCAAUUUAGGCAAUUGCAUGGGAACAUAUGAACACAUAAUUUACCAAUUUCCAACAUCAGUGGCUUUAGAGCCUAGUUGGUCAGAGCAUCGCACCAGUAUCACGAGGUCACGGUUUAAAUCCCAUUGACGUUCUGAAUUUGUUUCAGGCUUCUUAUGCAAUUGCAUGAAUUGCAUUCACAACUGUGAGGAUCAUUCCUCAUUUGAUCAAAUAUGUUUUAGUAAGCUAUAGUAACUUUAAUGUUUUAGAAAUGUUGAAUGACAAUGUCUUUAUUUUAUGUCAAAGAGGUGCAAAGGAAGCUACAGUCCAUGUCUUUAAGGUGUAACGAGUGUUGCAAGUGUUUUAGUAAACAAAGAAACCUAACGAUACAUGAAAGAGUUCAUACUGGGAAAAAGUCUCAUGAAUGUAAACAGUGUGGCAAGUGUUUUAACAAAGCAGGAAAGCUACAGAUUCAUGAAAGAAUUCACACAGGGGAAAAGCCUAAUGAAUGUAAACAGUGUGGCAAGUGUUUUAGUGUAGCAGGACAACUAAGCAGGCAUAAAAAAGUUCACAUGGGGGAAAAGCCUUACGAAUGUAAACAGUGUGGCAAGUGUUUUAGUCGAGCAGUACACCUAAGGAGUCAUGAAAGAGUUCUUACGGGGGAAAAGCCUUAUGAAUGUAAACAGUGUGGCAAGUGUUUUAGCGAAGCAGGAACCCUAAAGAGCCAUGGAAGAGUUCACACUGGGGAAAAGCCUUAUGAAUGUAAACAGUGUGGCAAGUGUUUUAGUGAAGCAGGAACCUUAAGGAGCCAUGAAAGAGUUCACACAGGGGAAAAGCCUUAUGAAUGUAAACAUUGUGGCAAGUGUUUUAGUCAGGUAGGACACCUAAGGAGCCAUGAAAGAGUUCACACUGGGGAAAAGCCUUAUGAAUGUAAACAGUGUGGCAAGUGUUUUAGCCAAUCAGGAAACCUAAGGAGUCAUGAAAGAGUUCACACUGGGGAAAAGCCUUAUGAAUGUAAACAGUGUGGCAAGUGUUUUAGCCAAUCAGGAGACCUAAGGAGCCAUGGAAGAGUUCACACUGGGGAAAAGCCUUAUGAAUGUAAACAGUGUGGCAAGUGUUUUAGCCAAUCAGGAAACCUAAGGAGUCAUGAAAGAGUUCACACUGGGGAAAAGCCUUAUGAAUGUAAACAGUGUGGCAAGUGUUUUAGCCAAUCAGGAGACCUAAGGAGCCAUGGAAGAGUUCACACUGGGGAAAAGCCUUAUGAAUGUAAACAGUGUGGCAAGUGUUUUAGUGAAGCAGGAACCCUAAGGAGCCAUGAAAGAGUUCACACUGGGGAAAAGCCUUAUGAAUGUAAACAUUGUGGCAAGUGUUUUAGUCAGGUAGGACACCUAAGGAGCCAUGAAAGAGUUCACACUGGGGAAAAGCCUUAUGAAUGUAAACAGUGUGGCAAGUGUUUUAGCCAAUCAGGAGACCUAAGGAGUCAUGAAAGAGUUCACACUGGGGAAAAGCCUUAUGAAUGUAAACAUUGUGGCAAGUGUUUUAGUGUAGCAGGACACCUAAGGAGACAUGAAAGAGUUCACACUGGUGAAAAGCCUUAUGAAUGUAAACAGUGUGGCAAGUGUUUUAGCCGAUCAGGAGAGCUAAGGAGUCAUGAAAGAGUUCACACUGGGGAAAAGCCUUACAAAUGUAAACAGUGUAGCAAUUGUUUUAGUGAAGCAGGACACCUAAGGAGUCAUGAAAGAGUUCACACUGGGGAAAAGCCUUAUGAAUGUAGGCAGUGUGGCAAGUGUUUUAGCCAAGCAGGAAACCUGAGGAGGCAUGAAAGAAUUCACACCGGGGAAAAGCUCUGUUUUAACCGAUCGCAGAGCGUUAAAAGUCACGAGAAAGUCCACAGUAGAAAACACUUGCAUAAACGCAAUAGUAAUGAAAUUGUUUCUAAAGGUUUGCCUUGCAAGAGUAAGAGGGCAGUAAGUAAUGUGAGGAUUAGAUUAACAAGCGCCAGACCUACACAGAGAGAGACUGGAGACAAUAGGAUAGAAGACCAGCGAUCAGACAUCAUUGAGAGACAUACCUGUUGGAUUUGUCAAGAGGAGAUGAGUAGUGAAUCUCUUCUUCUUCAACAUUAUGAAAAUCACAUGAGAUAUAUACCUUCAGGUGGUUCGUAA